UAGCAGUGCCGUCAGCAAAGCACAGUCUGUGCCCUAAAUAUCUGGAGCUGCCGAAACAAACAGACACCAACAGCUCCAAACUCGGUCUCUUUCGCUCUCUUUCUCUCUCUCCCGUGUUUUUUCACGACAUUUUCGUGAACAACAAAUCACUCUCUCUCUCUCUUCGCCAUGGUUGCAGCCUCACAGCUUCACCCAUAGACUACUUUUCUUCAGCUGAAGUUGAACUAGUGAGUUACGAGGAGGUUGUGAUACUGAGCGAUUCGUGACCAUGUUUGGUUACUGGGGAAAGUCUCAUCAUCAGGAGAAUGAUUCACUGCAGCCUGAGGUGAAGAUCAACGAGCUAAAGGCUGCAAUUGGACCCCUAUCAGGCCGUAGUUUGCAGUUCUGUACUGAUGCGUGCUUCAGGAGGUACUUGGAUGCGCGGAAUGGGAAUGUAGACAAGUCGAAGAAAAUGUUGGAAGAAUCACUCAAAUGGAGGUCGACUUAUAAGCCUGAGGAAAUUCGUUGGCCUGAAGUUGCAGUUGAAGGCGAGACUGGAAAAGUUUAUAGAGCAAAUUUUCGUGACCGUCAUGGGAGGACUGUUCUGAUAUUGAGACCAGCAAUGCAGAACACAAUGUCAUUAGACAAUAACAUGCGGCACUUGGUGUAUCUUAUAGAGAAUGCAGUCUUUAAUCUUCCAGAGGGUCAGGAACAAAUGGCUUGGUUGAUAGACUUUACUGGGUGGACACUGAAUACUUCUGUGCCUGUCAAAUCAGCACGCGAUACCAUCAAUAUUUUACAGAACCACUAUCCUGAGAGGCUAGCCGUGGCGUUUCUCUACAACCCUCCACGGAUUUUUGAAGCAUUUUGGAAGAUUGUCAAGUACUUCUUGGAUAACAAAACAUUCCACAAAGUAAAGUUUGUUUACCCGAAGAAGAAAGACAGCGUGGAGCUUAUGAAACACUAUUUUGAUGAGGAAAAUCUCCCUACUGAGUUUGGAGGAAAAGCCAUUCUAGAGUAUGACCACGAGGAGUUCUCAAAAUUAAUGACUCAAGAUGAUGUGAAAUCAGCUGCCUUUUGGGGCUGUGAUAACAAGUUACAUCAUGCUAGCAAUGGCCAUUCUGGAGCUGAGGUAGCUCCUGAACCAGCGUGCCUCACGCCGGCAGCUAGUUGAUGUGUCACGCCGAUAACCUUAGUAUAUUAGAAUAAGUGAGGUGGUUUAACUGAGAGAGACGGUAAACUAACAUGAGCUAUCAGAUUUUAUUAAGUUCCGUGCAGAACCUCUCUUGCAGGUGUAUCCUGGGACAGUGUUUAGAGGCUACAUGGCCAUUCAAAGACAGAAAAGCAAUCGAGUAUAAUUUUAUUAGUACUUAACAACUGUUAAUUGUUUAUCAUGAAAUGCUUGAAGAUGGUAGUUUUGCACGAUGUAUACAUUGUUAUUCAUCUGAUAUUGUCGUUCA